GAACAAAAACAUAAACAUUUUUGGUCUCAAAAUUUGCGUGUAAUUAACGCUCAUUCAGCCAGGUCAUUUCCACUUGAGGCAGCAGCAGCAGCGGCAGAAUUGCUGCUCAUCAAGCCAGAUCCCUAUGGGGGCAUUUGGCCCAACAGUUGGUUGCACCAUCUGGGCAUCAUUGCCUGGUUUUGCUCCCCAGCUGCAUUUCGAACGCCUGCCCACCCAAUUCGGGACGCAGCAAUUAAAAUCUUGCAUUCGUAUUUGAUGGCAGCAGCAGCAGCAGCAGCUUGAAAGUAUUUUAAUUUCCCAACAGAGCUUCGACGGAAUGGCCAACCCGAUAUGCCUAUUACCCCCUAUGCCCCUCCGACCCGUCGACAAUGACAACGAAGUGGAAUCAAAACAAAAACGUCAAGCGGCUCUGGCCAAGAUGGCGACGGCGAAGAGCAGGCGCAUGCGUUGGCUCUGCACACAUGGGGCGAAUUGGGCGAAAAUUUGGCAAAAAUCUCCAGAGAUUGGACCAGACAGUUUCAGUUGCUGCAAGACUGUCGCGAGAUAAAGUUGUCCGAAAAAAUAAGGCUUUUCAGGAAGGAUUAAUGUGUGCGCGCGUAUAAAAAAAACCGAAGCCCGCGCGAAAACUCCUAUCCCACACACACACACGCACAGAGAGUGAAAGAGGGAGAGAGAAAGACAGAGAGAGAGAGAGUUAUAGACAGGGAGAACGAGAGAGACAAAGUUAAGGAGGAUAGACUUAAGCGUUUGUGUUUCCGUUUAUGUGUGUGUGUGUGUGUGCAGGUGAAACGAAGGUUUAACCAUCAACAAGGAAAUUAAAGUGAAUUAAAGUAAAUCCUAUUGCCACGCCCUCAUCGCAGGAGCUCCAAAUAUGGAACACCUGCGUCCUCUGAGCUAUGAGGAGAUGUGCCAAAUGGAAAUACUUCAGCCUGGUGAGGCAGCAAAUGCUCAAAACUCCACCAUGAUGCCGAUAAUGGUAAUACCCACAGCAUUGCUGGCUCCUGGAGCCGGCGGCAUUAUUGAUAGUGGCGGUGGCGGCGGCGGAAUCAUCGGCGGCAGCUUAUCAACAUCAGAACCAGUAGUGGGUGGAGAGCAUUACUAUCAGCUGCAGCCCACGCACAUACUAACUACAGAUCCAACGACGGCGGCGGCGGUAACAAAUGGCGGCGAAUUGGCCCUCCUGCAAAGCGGCGGCGGCGAACAGCUUCCACACUCAAUACACCAGCUUCAACAGCAUCCACACUCACAGCACGCUCCCGUUAACAUAUUAUGUACAGGCACCUUGGGUCGCGUCCAGCCGUCAGCUUCAUCGUCUCUAGCACCACCACCACCGAGUGGUGCAGCGACUUUGCCACGCGGCUUUCAACCCGCUGCCUUUGUACCCGAUGUUGAGAGCGAUUUCGAGGGCAGCGAAUGCGGGGCCGGUAGUGUGACAACCACCUGCAUGCCACAUUUUCGUUUUGGCGGUUGUGGUCUAUCCACAUUGCAGCAUCAGCACCACCAACAACAACAACAUCAGCAGCAGCAACAACAACAACAUCAGCAGCAGCAACAGCAACAGCAGCAAGAUGUUGUCAUAGGUUGUGGCUCACUUUCGUAUAUGAUGGGCUCCGGCACUUUAAUGGGACGCGGACGUCGUCUUAUGAGUGGCCAACAAAGUAAACCCAAACGUGUAUCCUUUAAGGGUGACAAUUUGCCUCCACCGUCUCCACCGCCCCCACCGGCCGUGGAAUUGGAUGAGAAUGGUUUUCCCCUACCUGCUGGUGAUGUCUCUGGCACCGGCCCUGCUGCUAUGGGAGUUGGCGGUGGCGUUGGUAUUGGCAGUGGCUGCUCUUACAUGCACUUUGACAACUACAUGGACUACCAGACAACCGGCUUUGGCGGCCUUCCAGACGUAACCGAACACUCAAAUAUACGCCGCACACUGUCCCGCCAGAAUUCCAUCUCGAAUAGUGACUCCGGCGGCGAGAUAGCCAGCAUACAGAAAUCCAAAGUGAAUUUCGGCACAGCAUUGGCCGGCGGUGCUGUGGUUGUUGGUGGUGAUAUUGUUGUUGGUCUUGAUGCAAAGUCACCCACCUCGCCGGCAGCAUUGGCCGGUGUUGCUGCCUCUUCGUGUGGCAAGGUCAAGGGCAAAUCUGGUCGCAAAGCAAAACAAAACUCUGGGGUCGGUGGCGGUGUUGGUGUUGGUGCCGCUGCUGGGCAUAAAACAAGACGCGGCUCCUGGCUGGUUGCCCUCACCCUCGUUAGUGCCAUUUGUCUGCUGGCGAUUGCAGCGACAUUGGCCUAUCAGCAUUUUUUAAUGUCGCCCAGCCGCAAUUCCCAUGCCCAAAGACUGAGAAUCGUUCGACGCAUUCUGCGUGAAGUUCCCCUUGUCGAUGGCCACAACAAUUAUGCCUGGAAUGUACGCAAAUAUGCCCACAGUAGUCUGGAGUUGCAUCUGAGUCAUGAUUUGGAUCACAAAUCGCUGUGGGCGAGACCAGCAUGGGCGCAAACCGAUAUGGAACGCCUAAAGCAGGGACUUGUUGGCGUUCAAGUGUGGUCGGCGUAUGUGCCAUGUGAAGCACAAGGCUUGGAUGCUGUCCAAUUGGCACUAGAGCAAAUUGACAUCGUGCGGCGCCUAUCCGACAUGUACAACCGGGAAACAGUGCUGGCGACCUCCUCCCAGGACAUUGUGGCUGCUCAUCGGCGUGGCUUGCUGGCCUCACUGAUUGGAGUCGAGGGUGGUCAUACAAUCGGUUCAUCGCUGGGCGUAUUGAGAUCCUUCUAUUCGCUGGGCGCACGAUAUCUGAGUCUCACCCAUCGCUGUGACGUGUCGUGGGCCGGAUCGAGUGCGUCGCCCAUGGAACAGGGUCUGACGCCAUUCGGCAAAGCCAUUGUACGUGAAAUGAAUCGUUUGGGCAUGAUGAUCGAUCUGUCGCACAGUUCGGAUGCCACGGCACGAGAUGUCCUGCAAGUGACACGAGCUCCCGUCAUAUUCUCCCAUUCGGCGGCACGCCAACUAUGCAACUCAACGCGAAAUGUGCCCGACGAUAUACUUCGUCUGGUGGCUGAGAAUGGUGGCCUGAUCAUGCUAAGCUUUGAUUCGGAGGAUGUGGCCUGUGGUCGACAGGCUAGACUACAGGAUGUUAUCGAGCAUAUCAAAUAUGUGCGAACAAUCGCUGGCAUACAGCAUAUAGGCCUAGGUGCUGGCUACGAUGGCAUCGAAUUGCCACCACUGGGUCUGGAAGAUGUUUCCAAAUAUCCGGAACUAUUGGCCGCCUUGCUCGAGGAUCACAAUUGGAGCGAAGAGGAUGUGGCCAUGUUGGCGGGACGUAACUUUUUGCGCAUCAUGGAGACCGUCGAAACGGUGCGAGACUAUUGGAAACGAGCGGCAAUUCAACCGAUUGAACAAACAGAACCCCAACCCAAGACUCAAUGCACGUAUAUGUCAUCGUGACCCCAGGCCCAGGCUCAAGUCCAAAUGCAAAUGCAAAAGCAAAUGCAGAUGCAAAUGCAAAUUCAAAUGCAAGCGCAAACGCAAGUUAGAACGCGACGGGAUGAGCCGUUCAAUCAUACGGCAGCCAUGCUUACGGCGGAUUCACAGAUUUGGGCAAGGACAGGUAUUUCCGGUGAAACUGCUGCUACCAAUCGCACUGAUACUGAACGAGAUCGUUUAAUCAUGGCAGCAUCGGCGGCUACAACGUUUACAGUCAGCGGAGUACUUCAGUGAAGUGAAAAUUAAAUAAGGUCUAAUGAAUAA